GCAGGAGCAGCUGCAGCAGUCUUUCUGGCGCUCACUGAAGCCACAGAUUGUCUAAUUAGAUUAAGCGAGGCUUUCCUCAGAUAAUCAUUUAGCCAGCUUCGUUUUUUGUUUUUUUUAUAUCUUUUAUGUGCUCUGAUGGUGCGCCGCUUGUGUCUGUCAGCUUGCUGAAGGUCAGAUUGAAUUUCCAAACAGCAGGUUAGUUUGCCAAGUAAAUUGUGCUCUUGGUGAAAGUCUGCAGAGUGGCGGCUGAGGAGCCGUGGCCGGGUUAUGGGCUGUUUCUGGAGCUGUGAUUGUGACGCUGCUCAGAGUAAUUGGACUGCCACUAAUACCUGCUGUUGCUAACAGGAGGCGAUGGGGGAAGUUUCUUUGCAGAGUCCCUGUCAGGCUGGAUCGGCACCUCAGGCCUGCCGCUGAGUCUGCCCCUGUGAGUCCCUGAGGACGGAGACAUGGCCAAAAACUCCCACCGUGGGUCCAAACAUGGACGUCGAGACGACGCCAACCAUGAGGGAGAGUUCAGCGUCUCGCUGCAGGAGCUGCGCUCCCUCAUGGAGCUUAGAGGAGAGGAGGGAGUCACCAAGAUCAAAGAGUCUUAUGGCGACGUUAAUGGACUUUGUGUCAGGCUGAGGACGUCACCUGUGGACGGUCUGGAUGUAAAAUCAGAUGACAUCAACAGAAGAACACAAGAGUUUGGACAGAACAUUAUCCCUCCUAAAAAGCCAAAAACCUUUUUGCAAUUAGUAUGGGAAACCCUGCAGGAUGUCACACUCAUCAUCCUGGAGAUAGCCGCCAUUAUUUCACUAGGCCUUUCAUUCUACAGUCCACCAGAUGCCGAGAGAAAGCACUGUGGCAACGCGGUUGGUGGCGCAGAGGACGAGGGUGAAGGCGAGGCUGGCUGGAUCGAAGGCGUCGCCAUCCUCCUCUCCGUGGUUUGUGUGGUGCUCGUGACGGCCUUUAACGACUGGAGCAAAGAGAAGCAGUUCCGUGGUCUCCAGAACCGCAUCGAGCAGGAGCAGAAGUUCACCGUGGUCCGAGGAGGGCAGGUGGUCCAGAUCAACGUGCUUGAGAUCGUCGUGGGAGACAUCGCACAAGUCAAAUAUGGUGACCUUCUUCCUGCCGAUGGCAUCCUAAUCCAGGGCAACGAUCUGAAGAUUGAUGAAAGCUCUUUGACUGGAGAGUCGGAUCAUGUCAAGAAGACCCUCGAAAAAGACCCCAUGUUGCUGUCAGGCACUCACGUGAUGGAGGGCUCCGCUAAGAUGGUGGUGACGGCCGUGGGGGUGAACUCUCAGAGCGGAAUCAUCUACACGCUGCUCGGCGCCGGGGACGACGAUGAUGAUGAGGAAAAAAAAGAGAAGAAGGAGAAGAAAAAACAAGAAAAAAAGGACAAAAAGAGUAAAAAAGAUGAGAAAAACAAGAAGGGAAAGAACAAAAAUGAAGGUAAUGUGGAGAUGGAGCCGCUCAAUGAAGAAGAGGAGAAGAAGAAGAACCUACCAAAGAAGGAGAAAUCUGUUCUCCAGGGGAAGCUCACCAAGCUGGCGGUGCAGAUCGGCCAAGCAGGACUGUUCAUGGCAUCCAUCACCUUCUUCAUACUCAUCGGCCGCUUCAUGCUCGACACCUUCUGGAUUCAGAAGGUUCCCUUUAGCCAGGACUGUAUGCCCAUCUACGUGCAGUUCCUGGUGAAGUUCAUCAUCAUCGGUGUGACGGUGCUGGUGGUGGCCGUGCCCGAGGGGCUUCCCCUGGCCGUCACCAUCUCUCUGGCGUACUCAGUCAAGAAAAUGAUGAAGGACAACAACCUCGUGCGGCACCUGGACGCCUGUGAGACGAUGGGAAACGCCACGGCCAUCUGCUCCGACAAGACGGGCACGCUGACCAUGAACCGCAUGACGGUGGUGCAGGCCUACAUCGCGGGAAACCACUACAAGAAGGUGCCCGACCCGGACCUGAUCUCUGCCAAGAUGCUGGAUCUGCUCAUCCUCGGCAUCGGGGUCAACUGCGCCUACACCUCCAAGAUAAUGCCUCCAGAACGGGACGGGGGACUCCCUCGCCAGGUGGGGAACAAGACGGAAUGUGCCUUACUGGGAUUCUGCGUGGACCUGCACAGAGACUACCAGACCAUCCGCAACAGCAUCCCGGAGGAGAGCCUGUACAAGGUGUACACCUUCAACUCGGAGAGGAAGUCCAUGAGCACCGUGCUGCGGCAGCACGACGGCAGCUACCAGAUGUUCAGCAAAGGAGCCUCCGAGAUCCUGCUGAAGAAGUGCUGUCAGAUCCUGAUGGCUGGCGGGAAACCCAAAGUCCUGAAGCAUCAGGACCGGGAGGACAUGCUGAAGAAGGUGGUGGAGCCCAUGGCGUCGGAGGGGCUGCGGACCAUCUGCCUGGCCUACAGGGAGUUCCCUGCUACCGACGGAGAACCCGACUGGGACAACGAGGCCACCAUCCUCACUGGACUCACCUGCAUCGCGCUGGUGGGAAUCGAGGAUCCCGUACGACCCGAGGUCCCGGAUGCCAUUAAGAAGUGUCAGCGUGCCGGAAUCACCGUCCGCAUGGUGACCGGAGACAACAUCAACACGGCCCGGGCCAUCGCCACCAAAUGUGGCAUCUUGAACCCGGGAGAAGAUUUCAUGUGCUUGGAGGGAAAAGAGUUUAACCGGCUGAUCCACGACGAACAUGGCGAGAUCCAGCAGGAGCGUAUUGACAAUAUUUGGCCCAGGUUGAGAGUUCUGGCCAGAUCAUCCCCUACGGAUAAACACACCCUGGUCAAAGGCAUCAUUGACAGUACGGUGGUGGAGCAGAGGCAGGUUGUCGCGGUAACCGGAGACGGAACAAACGACGGUCCUGCUCUCAAAAAAGCUGAUGUUGGCUUUGCCAUGGGCAUCGCAGGGACGGAUGUUGCCAAAGAGGCGUCGGAUAUUAUCCUGACGGACGACAACUUCACCAGCAUCGUCAAGGCCGUCAUGUGGGGCCGAAACGUCUACGACAGCAUCUCCAAGUUCCUGCAGUUCCAGCUCACCGUCAACGUGGUGGCUGUCACCGUGGCCUUCACCGGAGCGUGUAUCACCCAGGACUCUCCUCUGAAGGCGGUCCAGAUGCUGUGGGUCAACCUCAUCAUGGACACCUUCGCCUCGCUGGCCCUGGCCACCGAGCCGCCCACCGAGGCUCUGCUGCUCCGGAGUCCGUACGGCCGCAACAAGCCGCUCAUCUCCCGCACCAUGAUGAAGAACAUCCUGGGCCACGCCGUCUACCAGCUCUGCGUCAUCUUCACCCUGCUCUUCGCCGGGGAGAAGAUCUUCGGCAUCGACUCGGGCAGGAACGCCCCGCUCCACGCGCCGCCCUCGGAGCACUACACCAUCGUGUUCAACACCUUCGUCCUCAUGCAGAUCUUCAACGAGCUCAACGCCCGGAAGAUCCACGGGGAGAGGAACGUCUUCCAGGGCGUCUUCAACAACCCCAUCUUCUGCUCCAUCCUCCUGGGAACCUUCAUCUCUCAGGUCCUGAUCGUGCAGUUCGGCGGGAAACCCUUCAGCUGUGUUCCUCUGAACGUGGAGCAGUGGAUCUGGUGUAUAUACCUGGGCCUCAGCAGUCUGCUGUGGGGGCAGGUGAUGGCCUCGAUUCCCACCAACUGGCUCAGAUUCCUGAAGACGGCGGGUCACGGCACGCAGCGGGAGGAGAUUCCCCAGGCGGAGCUGGAGGAGAUGGAGGAAGAGGGCGAGAUCGACCACUCGGAGAUGGAGCUGAAGAAAAGCCAGGUGCUGUGGCUCCGCAGCCUCAAUCGCCUCCAGACUCAGAUCCGAGUGGUGAACGCCUUCCAGGACAGCGUUUCUCCCUACGAAGGUCUGGAACCGGCGGAGGCGCGCAUCUCCAUCCACAACUUCAAGAACCACCCCGAGUUCCGGAUCGACGACUCAGAACCUCAGAUCCCCCUGAUCGACGAGAACGGGGGGGAGGACGACCCCCCCACCAAGCGCAACUCCUUCAUCCCCCCGCCGCUGACGGCCCUGGCCAACCUGCCGUGCUCGCCCCUGGAGAACAACGCCACGGACCACAUCGUCCCGCUGCACAGGGACGGCCCCCGGGCCGGAACCGGAACCGCCCCCAGCUCGGCCGGACUGCAGCCGUGUCCGGGGAGCCCCCUGCACAGCCUGGAGACCUCACUCUGAGGAGCCGCGUGGCCUCACCCCAAGACCCUUACGGGCUGCUCCGACUGUUUUUAUUACAUUAGGAGAAACGUGUUCGUGCUCAGUUCUUAAUCGGUUCUUAAUCGGGCCCCCGAUGUGUAAAUAUGCUUGAUUUAUUUUAAUCCACAGUGUUCCAGGUUGUCGCCAGACAAGCUGACGUCAACUGACGGAGAGGAGAUCUGGUUCAUUUUGUGUUGAAUUUUAUUUUAAAGCAUCUGUGAAUAAAAUGUUUAGUGUGAGUUUUACUAAGAAGGGUGUUGUUCUGACGGAGAUGUGUACUGUAUUUGUAGACGUUCAGCUGACAGUAAAUGUCCAGUUUUGGUUCUGUUCUAGCCAUUUUUUUAUGUCUUAGGUUGUUGUUGUUGUUAUAAAAGAUGUAAAACAAAUGUUAUUAAAAGUGGGAAAAACCUUCCAAA